UGUUUUAUGUAAUGUCGGUUUUGGGAGGCGUGUGCCGGCUUUUGCAGCUGGUCAGGUUGAGUCCACCGCUGAGUUUGUACGUGAGACAGCAGUCGACGGCCGCAGCUGCUGCAUUUAUCAGUUCACCCCCUGCAGAGACUCAGGAGAGCAGAAAACCCAAAACAGGGGUUCUGAUGCUGAACAUGGGCGGCCCGGAGAAACUGGAAGACGUGCACGAUUUCCUCUUACGGCUCUUCAUGGACACGGACCUCAUGCAGCUUCCUGUGCAGAAUAAACUCGGACCCUUCAUUGCCAGAAGACGCACUCCGAAGAUCCAAGAGCAGUACAGUAAGAUCGGAGGAGGCUCUCCUAUCAAAGCCUGGACCAGCAUGCAGGGAGAAGGGAUGGUCAAACUGCUGGACGAGAUGUGUCCAGAGACGGCUCCUCAUAAGUUUUACAUCGGUUUCCGGUACGUUCAUCCUCUGACGGAGGAGGCCAUCGAGCAGAUGGAGAAGGACGGAGUGGAGAGAGCCGUGGCCUUCACACAGUACCCACAGUACAGCUGCUCCACCACAGGCAGCAGUCUCAACGCCAUCUACAGGUACUACAGUAACCACGGCAACAGGCCCAUGAUGCGCUGGAGUGUGAUUGACAGGUGGCCGACACACCCACUACUGAUCGAGUGUUUCGCUGAACAUGUUCGUAAUGAGCUGGAGAAGUUUCCUCCAGAGAAGAGAGGCGAUGUGGUGAUUCUGUUCUCGGCUCAUUCUCUGCCGCUGUCUGUGGUGAACAGGGGCGAUCCGUACCCACAGGAAGUUGGCGCUACGGUUCAGAGGGUGAUGGAGCGAUUAGGACACUGUAACCCGUACAGACUCGUCUGGCAGUCAAAGGUGGGGCCGAUGCCGUGGCUGGGGCCGCAGACCGAUGAGGUCAUCAAGGGCCUCUGUCAGCGCGGGAAGAGGAACCUGCUGCUGGUGCCCAUCGCUUUCACCAGCGACCACAUCGAGACGCUGCACGAACUGGACAUCGAGUACUCGCAAGUCCUCGGAGAAGAGUGCGGCGUGGAGAACAUCAGACGAGCCGAGUCUCUGAACGGAAAUCCACUGUUCUUCAGGGCGCUGGCGGAUCUGGUUCAGUCCCAUCUGAAGUCCAGCGAGCCGUGUUCCCGUCAGCUCACCCUCCGCUGUCCGCUCUGCGUCAACCCCACCUGCGCUCAGACCAAGGCCUUCUUCUCCCGCCAGAAACUCUGACCUCUGACCUCUCAGCAGCGCUGGACAGACCGAGGUUCGCUUGAACCCGUGCGGGUCGGAGGAGGUCGGGGAAGCCGGUGCAUAGUGCUGAUUUCAGACUGAGAUGAAUAAUAAGUGCCGCCCUCACUGAUAAAGAAUGCACUUUGACCCCAGCGUUAUACAUCUGAAAACCUCUCGUGCCUUCAGCCUGUGCUCUAAUGAUGCCAACAUGAAACAUGUUCCACUGUGUGUGUGAUUUAUCAUUACAUCACAAACGGCUUUAGCUUCUUUUGCCAAUGAGUCACAUGAUCCAGAAAUACUAUUGUGUCUUCCGUUUCCUGUACCAGAUAUCCUGUUUUCCAUUUCCUGUUCUCUCUCUCUCUCUCUCUCUCUCUCUCGCUCGCUCGCUCGCUCGCUCUCUCUGUCGCGAGUCUGUUCUUUUGAGGUGACUCAAGAAAAUCAGAUCAAAAUGACAUAAUUAUAAAUAAAUAUUACAUUCAUGCAAUUUAA